UAUUUAGACAGUUUGUGUGCGUGCUUUUUAUUUCAGCAGGAGUCCCGCUAGCGGACUGUGACGUCAUCAGCGCGCGACAACCUCCUCACAACGGCAAAGGCGCGACGAACAGAAACUGCUGGAGUUGAUGGCUGAAGAUUGGCUGGGUUGUUUGGUGUCCAUUAAUUGCGGGUUCACUUUAGGGGUGUAUCAAGGUGAAGUGUCUGCGGUGGAUCCAAACCUCCAAAGCAUUUCUCUCCGACAGCCGUUUCAUAACGGGGUCCGUUGUCUUGUGCCAGAGGUCACAUUCAGUGCGAUAGACAUAAAGGAACUGAAAAUUCUUGAGCUUGGACAUGGACGAGCAAUUAACUGUGACUCAACAUCUUCUUCAUCAUUCAGUCAGACCGUCACCAUCAGUCCUCCUGACGCUCUACUGUACAGAGGUUGUCAUGACACUAAAGAUUCAUCACAUCAAUCUGAAUGGAGAAGAACUGAGACAGACAAUGUCACAGGAGGACAUCAGGAGUCUUUUAUGAUGGACACUAAUGUGGAUCUGGAGGAAAAUCAGCCAGGGUUUGAUAAAUCAUCAUCCGUCUUCUCGGAGAGCAGCAGCAGCAGCUCAUGGAUGACGUUGACUCAGAACCAUCACAACAUACCAGUGACUGUAACACAACAUGAAGUGAGGAAGUAUUGCACUGAUUCUGGUUUGAUCAUCACCAGCGUGUCUUAUGAUGUAUACAAGCGUUUGCUGGCCGAAGCCGAGCGUCACGGUUUAUCUGUGGAGCGGCGCCUGGAGACGACAGGGGUUUGUUCCAGUCAAAUGGCUCUGAUGCUGCUCGGAGGACCAAACAGAUUGACGCCUAAAAACGUGCACCAGCGGCCGCAGGUGGUGCUGUUGUGCGGGCCGCACGUGCAAGGCUCUCAGGGCGUCAGCUGUGCCCGACACUUAGCCAAUCACGAUGUGGAAGUCAUUCUGUUCCUGCCAAACUGUGUUAAGAUGCAGGAGAUCAUCACGAAUGAAUUGAUGCUCUUCAAUAAAACCAACAGCAGACAUGUGCUGAAUGUUAGAGAUUUGCCCGUGACACCGGUGGAUUUGAUCAUUAACUGUCUGGACAGUCAUGAGAGCGUCUUCCUCAAAGAACAGCUCUGGUACCAGGCAGCAUCCAAAUGGGCCAAUCAGAACCGAGCUCCAGUAUUGAGUAUAGAUCCACCCGUCAGCGGGCGUGAUCGCGCCGUAGAGGCUAAAUGGUGGCUUUGUCUGGGGCUUCCGUUGCCCAUCUCACAGGGUGAGGGCAGAAUUUACCUGUGUGACAUCGGUAUACCGCAGCAGGUGUUUCAGGACGUGGGGAUUGACUAUGUUUCGCCGUUUGGGUCCAAAUUUGUUAUUCCACUUCAUACAGUGUAACUCUGACAGACUGGAGUGGCUGUGGGUGUAAAGACAAUUAUUGACAAACCUGAAUCAAUCAUGCACUUUAAUAUUUAUAAGCACUUUGAUCAUUUCUGCUAAUAAACCGUUUCCAUCA